GGAUGAACCCCCUGCAGUUGGUGAUGAACCAGGGACUUCUGACCCUUCGAAGGAGAUGCAGAGAGUCAAAGACAAACACAAAACCAGUAUGAAGAUCAAGUAUGAGAGAUUACUUGAGGGAAACAAAAUCCAAGAGAAUGAAACCCUCCUGAACAGAAUCUACACACAGCUCUACAUCAUAGAGGGAGAGAGUGAGGGAGUGAAUGAAGAACAUGAGGUUUUACAGAUGAAGAAAACAGCCAGAAAAAAACACUCACAAGACACUUCAAUCUACUGCAAUGACAUCUUUAAAUCCUCACCUGAACCAGGACGUGAGGAGAAAGACCAAAUCAAGACUGUUCUUACUAAAGGCAUCGCUGGAAUUGGAAAAACCGUCUCUGUGCAGAAGUUCAUUCUGGACUGGGCCGAGGGAAAAGACAAUCAGGAUGUAGAUUUCAUGUUUGUGCUUCCAUUUCGAGAGCUGAACUUGAUCCAAGAUCAUCAGUACAGUCUUCACAGACUUCUACUGGACUUUCAUCCUGAACUUCAAGAUCUGGACUCAAAGAUUUAUGAGGAGUGUAAAGUUGUGUUCAUCUUUGAUGGUCUGGAUGAAAGCAGAAUCACACUGAUGUUUUCAGAUGAUCAGAAAGUUUGUGAUGUGACUGAGACUUCAUCAGUGGGUGUGUUGAUGUCAAACCUCAUGAAAGGAGAGCUGCUUCCCUCUGCUCUCAUCUGGAUCACCUCCAGACCAGCAGCAGCCAAUCAGAUCCCCUCCAAAUACAUCAACCGUCUGACAGAAAUUCAGGGAUUCAAUGAGUGUCAGAAGGAGGAAUAUUUCAGGAAGAGAAUCAGUGACCAGCAUCAAGUCAGUAAAAUCAUCUCACACAUCAGAAGAGCAAGAAGCCUCCACAUCAUGUGCCACAUCCCCGUCUUCUGCUGGAUCUCAUCCACUGUGCUUCAAAAGCUCCUGAAAGAAGAUGUGAGUGCAGAAAUCCCUCAAACUCUGACUGAAAUGUACAUCCACUUCCUGCUGAUUCAGAUCAACAUGAGGAAUCAGAAAUAUGAAGAGAGAGAUCCAGAGAAACUCCUGCAGUCCAACAGAGAAGUGAUUGUGAAACUUGCUGAAGUGGCUUUCAAACAGCUGAUGAAGGGCAAUGUGAUGUUCUAUGAGGAGGACCUGAUUGAGAGCAGCAUAGAUGUCAAUGACGCCUCAGUGUAUUCUGGGAUUUGCACUGAGAUCAUUAGGGAGGAAUCUGUGAUUCAUCAGAGGAAAGUCUACAGCUUCAUUCAUCUGAGUGUUCAGGAGUUUCUCGCUGCUUUCUAUGCAUUUCACUACCAUGUGAAUGAAACUAUGGAGGGACUUAAGAAUUUAGCUUCAGUACAAUAUUUGCUUAAAGGUGUAGUAGAUAAAGCCCUUGAGAGUGAGAAUGGACAUCUGGAUCUGUUCCUGCGGUUUCUGCUGGGCGUCUCACUGGAGUCCAAUCAGAGACUUUUACAGGAUCUACUGACACACACAGAGAACAGCUCAGAGAGCAUCAGGAGAACCACACAGUACAUUAAAGAGAAGAUCAAAGAUGGACAUGGACUCUCCACUGAAAGAUCCAUCAAUCUGUUCCUCUGUCUGCUGGAAGUGAAAGAUCAGACUCUGUUCAGAGAGAUUCAGGAGUUUUUGAAAUCAGACAAACACUCAGAGAAGAAACUCUCUCCUGCUCACUGCUCAACAAUCGCCUACAUGCUUCAGAUGUCAGAGGAGGUGCUGGAUGAGCUGGACCUCAAGAAAUACAACACAUCAGAUGAGGGGAGAAGAAGACUGAUACCAGCUGUGAUCAACUGCAGAAAAGCCCUUCUUGUUGCCUGUAAUCUCACUGCUCAGGAUUGUGAAAUUGUAUCAUCAGUUCUUCAAUCCUCAAACUCUGUCCUGAGAGAACUGGAUCUUAGUAACAAUGACUUGCAGGACUCUGGCGUGAAGAUUAUUUCUGAUGGACUGAAGAGUACAAACUGUCAGCUGAAGAUACUGAGGUUGUCUGGCUGUAUGGUGACAGAGGAAGGCUGUGGUUAUUUGUCUUCAGCUCUGAGUUCAAACCCCUCACACCUGAGAGAGCUGGAUCUGAGCUACAAUCACCCAGGACAAUCAGGAGUCCAGCUGCUCAAACACAAACUGGAGGAUCCAAACUAUAAACUCCAGAUACUCAAUUUGGACCAUGGAGAACCUUUCAGAAUCACACCCGGGCUGAGAAAAUAUGCAGUGAAUCUCACACUGGAUCCAAACACAGCAAACAAUCUUCUCAUCCUGUCUGAGGAUAACAGAAAGAUGACACAUGCGAAAGAGCCACAGCCGUAUCCUGAUCAUCCAGACAGAUUUGAGAACUGUGAGCAGGUUCUGAGUAAAGAGAGUCUGACUGGACGCUGUUACUGGGAGGCUGAGCAUAGCGGGAAGGGUGCUGAUAUAGCAGUGACAUAUAAAGGAAUCCAGAAAAAAGCAGGGAGUAACUGUUGGUUUGGAUACAGUGACAAAGCCUGGAGUCUGUACUGCUCUGCUAAUGAAUUUACUGCCUGGCACAGUAAUAUAAGCAAUAACGUACCUGGCUGUUCAUCCUCUAAUAGAGUAGGAGUGUAUGUGGACGUGUCGGCCGGCACUGUGUCCUUCUACAGCGUCUCUGACACACACACACUCACACACUUACACACAUUCAACACCACAUUCAAAGAUCCCCUCUGUGCUGGAUUCAGGGUUUAUGAUUCCUCACUUACUCUUUGUUAGAUUUGACAACCUGCCAAGAGAAACAACUGACAUACAAAAGCAAACUCACUAUUUCAAGCAGUUACAAACUUGUGAUUUUGUGUGUGUUGGUUUUUCCACUUAUAAAGACCACUUGUGCAUUUUCAAAACCUUGGUCAUCUGCAAGCUAGUGUAAACUCUAAACUUUGACCAAAUGUAACCAAAAGUAAAUCUGGUGUGUUAUGAUGAGGUCACAAUUUGUGAGGGUAUGAUUUCUGAAAGAAAAAAAAAAAAAUGAAACUUCUUUUAGGCUAUGUUUGGCAGCUGUUAAAGUAACAUUUAUUGCAUGAUUAUGAAUUCUUAUUUAAUUUUGAAAAAACUUGAAUCAUAAGAUUACAUAGAUUUUCACUGCUGUUUAUAGUAAAACUGUUAGAAUAGUCAAGCUUUCAUCCAUUUUUUUUUGCACUGUUUUGUUGUCAACAAUGAGAAUAUGUUUUAUGUUUUGUUGUUGCAAAGAUUUUUUGCAGGAGAACAUGGCUUUGCAGAGUGAUUAUGCAGGGGGUGGGUAUCUUGCUUUUCCAAAAUUGCCUACCCUGUAGAAAGAUUCAUUAAGGAUUCUAUUUUUUUUUUUUUUUUUUUUUGCCAGAUUGUUUAUUGUUAAAGAUACAACCAUCUUUCCCUGAUCUUGAACAUAAUAAAAGUUAUGCAAUAGAAAAGAAGAUAUGAGCGACAGGUGCACAAACACCUCAUAUCAUAGGGGAGACUGGGGAUGGUUGUAACAUUUUUGACAUGUCUGUUCUUUUAAGCCAGUGCAUUUACAAUGAUUCAAACUACAAGUGUCUGCUAUUAAAUGGCAUAGCUGUUUUGAAGGUUUUUGAAAGCUUUUUAUUCAGCACUGACAUUUCAAUAUUGGUGUGUGUGUUACAUUAGCAUCAUAAUAAUAAAACUCAAUACUGUGCAA